AUGGUGAUGCCGCGGGCAGCGUCGGUAGUGGUGGUGCGGCAGUUCUGUUGGACCGGCAAGGGUCGGAAGAAAGCCACGCCCUUCUUCUGUUGGGAAGCGGGGGCGGCGGCAGCAGCGGGGGCGGAGCCUGGUGGGCAGGAGAACAACGGCGAAGGAGGUCAAGAUCUUGAGGACAACGGCGUGUUUUUCAAGUACGUCCGGCUCGGGGCGGUUCGCCUCAACGUCAGCACCACCGGAUACAAGCUCGUUCGCUUAAGCGAAUUCCCGGUGCUGGUGGCCCCGUACGCGAGGCGGGGAAAGAUGACCAACUGGAAAAGGUUCAUGCACAAGUGCAUCUGGCGCAUGGUUCGCCAUACCACCAGGAGCGGGUUGUCACAGCUCAAGCCGGUAGGAGUCUUCGGGCGUAUUCCCGGGGACGAAGAAAAGUCCUCCCGCCAGCUGGUGCCGAGACCGGGGCAGUUGCCGAAGAGUCUUCUACGGAGAUCUCCCCGAGGCGGGGAUGGGGAGGUGGGGGGGCGAGGGACAACGGCAACGAGGCGAGGCCACAUCGCCCGCGGCUCGGGCCGUUGUUCGACCCCGGGCGGCGAUUCCGGAAGCUCAUCGGAGGAGGGUGGGGGGGCGGAGGGGGGCGAAGACGAGGAGGAGGACGAGGAGGAGGACGAGGAGGGGGGCGGGGGAUCUCAAGUGUCCAGAGCCGAAGGAGGCGUCUCCCGUUGUAGUAGCACGGCCGCCGGCGUUGACGCCUGUGGUGGUGCUAGGAGUGAUGGUGGUAGUGGCGUCGCAGCUCAGGCUACAGGAGGCCACGCGAAGGCCCCCUCCGUCGAUAGUGGCUGGCGCAAGAGGGGAAGCCGCAGUGGCAUCGCUGGUAAGGGGUUGGCCAAAACGAGCGGCGUCGGGGCGAUGUUCCGACGCCGGUUGCGCUCCGUGAGGGGAAGCCAAGCAAGUGUUGCGUUGGAGGCAGCGGCGGCGGCAGCAGCGGUAUCGGUGGAGGAGGGACGGGCAGCGGCGUUGGCGAUAACCCCGGAGGGGGAGGCUACCGCCGCAGAAGGGGCGGGGAACGACGGCGCCGUUGGUGAUCCCGCUCGCGCUGCUCUGCAAGGCAGCCGCGUCGUUGAUCCCAAGGGCGUAGCGGAGGCGGGGGCUAUCUUCCCCCGCGAUCGCGACGACCGUGGCCACUGCUCGUCGUCGUCGUCUUCUUCUUCCGCUGCCUCUCCCUCGUCGCGUCGUCUGCGUCAACCGCCACCGGACGUGGUGAUGCGCACUCCUUUGGGGAUCCGUUUGGGGCGGCGGCGGUGGCGCUCCCGGGAGGGGAAUAUCGAGGCCGGUGGGAAGGGCGAUGGCGGGGCCGAUGCCGGUGCUCUUGUUGAUGGCGGCAUCGCUGGCGUCGGUGUGGGUGUUGGUCGAGGCGGCGGCCGUGGUGACGGUGGGCCUCCUCCUUGA